UACUCACAGGGAAUCUAACAUCCCUCGUCGUGGCCUUGGUGAUGGUAACCAUGAUGUGUGUUAUGUAGAGUAUAGAUAGAGAGGGGAGGCAAAAGGCAGAGGGAGUAAAAGCAAUUGGGAGUACAAAAGCGCCAACAGUGGGAAUUGGGACAGGUUUUGUGUAAUGGGCAUGCUCGAAUCUGCCGUCACGCUGCCCCCACUAUGGGGGCGGGUCCGGGGCUCCAGCAAUGAACCUUCGCCGCUAUUGGUGCAUAAUUUAGGCUGGAGUUCUUCCGCCAGCUGCCAGUCGCCGGCGAGACGGACGUGCUCGAAAGGUUUCGCCGAAACAGGGUCAGACGUUGGAGAAGGUAUGGCGACCAGGGGACAUGGUUCGCGAUUGCUAUUACCCGGACGCCAUUCUGACAAACUUUGUGAAGACCAAGAGGCUUCGUGCCCUCGUGUUUCCAACCGUCAGGCUGCAAAGGUAGGCGGAAGAGGACCGAUGGAGCGAGCGCCGCGAGGAAUACGCAGCCCAAAGCGGCUCUUCCGGAGACAGAGCGCCAAUUCUAGAGCUUCAAAGCGCAACCUUCCUCUAGGCUCUCGCAGAGUGCACGACGCUCUGAAGCCGAUCAAGUUGUCUUUCGAAUGGCGAUAGCAGCAGAAGCAUUCAGAGGCUUACCCUGUGAUACGGAUGCAGCAUGGAUGCCUAUUGAUUGGAUUCUCUCGGAAGUCGGCAGGAGUGCAAAAGUCCUGGAAUUGGCAGGAGUUUGAGAAUGGUUAGAA